AUCACCCUUGUACUUUUUUUUGCUUAUCUAUCAUUUAUGAUCUUCUCUUCAAGAAACAAUAGACAUCAUGUCAAAUCCUUUGUUUUAAAGGUCUCUUCAGGAGCUUUGGAAAAACCUAUAGCUUUUGGUCCUGGUUCAGUUGUCAAUGGGAAUGUUGUUGUACAAGUAUCUAAAAUGCAACGAGUACGACAACUCAAAGUAGUGUUUCAGUGUACUGAACAUUCUGGUAAACAUUCCAACACCAUCUUCUCGGUGGCAUCUACUCUUUUAGGCAAUGGAAAUAGAACUCAAGUCACUGAACUUCCUGUGGGUAACCAUAUGUAUCUUUUUGCAAUUAAACUACCAGAUGUCAAUUAUCCUCCAACACUUCGGGACAAUUAUAUCGAUCAUAAGGUGAACUAUACGCUUCAAGGAUUUUUGGAUAUGGUUAGUCCUGAACAAGAAAUACAAACGCAACCUGUACAUAUCAUGUAUCUACCAUUGGUUACUUGUCAAUUACCCUCUUCACCUAUCCAACGGAAAAAGAUAUAUCAAAAAGAAGGCCAACUCGUUGAAAUCAUUGCAGAAUUGAUGAAACCAGGUUACUGUCCAGGUGACAUGUGUACCAUUAAAAUGAUCACACAAAAUCAAUCUGACUUCAAAAUCACUCAUGUGGAUCUCACCUUUAUGUCGACAACAGCAAGUCAUAUGUCUACAUCACAACUAGAAGGCUUCCGACGAAAUCAUACAUUGUACUCUGAAAAGUUUUACACAGCCAUCAACAAACGUACUCAUGAUCAACACACCUUGCUGCAAUUCAAAAUACCUCCAUCAUGCGCCCCAUCUACCCAAACACACAGACAUAUUGAUAUCUCCUACCAGAUCAUGAUCACCGUCCCACUCUACUACACCUCAUCUUCAUCCUCGUCUUCUUCUUCAUCUGUCGCUUCUUUGAUGAUCUCUCUUCCUGUGACUAUUGCAACUGUACCCUAUACUGGUCCCUUACCACCUUUACUGCAAAUCCCUCUACCGUCUUAUCAAGAUAGUCAAGACAAUCGAUUAGCAUCGGAUAUGCCAAGUUUUUUGAACCAAAACGUCCAUGAUGAUUCUCCUUUACCAAGUCCUCGUAGUGCCUUUUCUGUAGAAGGAACAGGUAGUUGGUCUGAUCCUGAUCGAUGUUCGGUCUCACCUAUGAUGGAAGAAGCAAUCGAUUGGCCAGUUCCCUCUCUUACGCUUGGACCUGUUGUCAGCAACAACAAUAAUCUCGUGCCACAAGAUGAAUCGGGUCAUCUUAUGGUCCCAGGUAACAUGAACCGGCGGCGUUCCGUAAGCUCCAAUGCAUCCUCUGUCGUCAAUGAAUGUAGUUUAGAAGCCAAUGCAUCCAAUCCAUCCUCUCCUUUUACCAAGGUCAAUUGAUCCCCCUCUCUUCUUUUGUAGUUUUUUUUUUUUUUUU